UACCUUUGUGGAGAUGUUGCGACCGGUUGUGGCUCUGUUUUCGAUCAUCGGCGUGCUUUUGGCUCUGGCCGAGGCACAGACACCGAACUACUGUGACUCCGCGCUGUGUGGCAGCUCCACGCACAUUGCCUGCAACAAUAAUGGUGCCUGGGCCUCGACCUGUCCCACAAGUCCCGCCCCAUCUGCUGUGACUUUUGAUCUGGCCCAGCGAAAGCAAAUCCUGAAGAUGCACAACGUCAGGCGAAAUAGAAUCGCCAGCGGACUGAUGGCAAAAUACAAGCCAGCCAAGCGAAUGGCCACCAUGCGAUGGAACCCAGAGCUGGCCAAAUUGGCGGCGCUCAAUGUCAAGCAGUGCAAAAUGAAUCACGAUGCCUGCCACAACACGCAGACGUUCAAGGCCAGUGGCCAGAAUCUGGCCAUGUAUGGCUACUCGGGUCCCCAAUCGGGCAUGACCAUACCGCAGCUGAUCACCGCCUCCGUGAAUAUGUGGUGGGGCGAGCAGAAGGAUGCCUCAAUGACGAUCAUCAACAAGUACCCAAGCAACUGGAGUGGACCGCAAAUUGGACACUUCACUGCCAUGGCCCAGGAGAAGAACACACAUUGCGGCUGUGCGGCUGCCUUUUAUACGGAGAGUGGCAUGAACAAUUUCCUAAUGGCCUGCAAUUAUGCCACCACCAAUUGGGUAGGCAGUCCCGUCUAUCAGCGUGGUGUCAAGGGCUCCGGCUGCAAAACGGGCACAAAUCCCAACUAUCCAGGCUUGUGUAGGGUAGCGGAGGUAUACGAUGUGUAAAAUAUUAUGUGUUAUAUA